AUAACAGCUGACACUCAGCUGUUUCUAUUUUGGUUUUACUGAUUACAAAUAAUUACGGAAAAUGACAAGAAAACUAUAAGAACUAUAAACUAAACUAAAUAAUUUAAUUAACAAAUAGCAAACAAAAAAUCUUAUUAAACCCAAAAUGUCCAAGGUACCCAAAGCAGCACUUAGUUUAAAGCAGUUUAUGCUGCGCCAGGAGGUUCUGAAGCUCUACCGUGACAUCUUCCGCACCAUUCGCCAGGUUCCGGACAAAAACAGCCAGCUGGAGCUGCGAACCUGGGCUCGUUACGAUUUCCAGACGAACCGUCACCAGAGCGACGAGGUGGCCAUCAAGAUGCUCCUCCAACAUGGCAGACGCAGCCUCACCGAACUAAAGACCAGCCUCCAAUUGAGCGGGGUGAGCGAGGGCAAAUAG